CAUACCUUAGUCUUUGGUCCGGUGUUGCUGAGAUUUCUCUUUCUCGUGUAGUACCGGUAGGUACGCAACGACACUACAGUGGUUCAUCAACCAAACGGAGAUCGUCCGCCGUUCCUCGUGGGUUUACGCAUAUCCAAUCGCCACCCUCCUGUACCGCCCAGUCGGGUCGAGGUAGGACAGGAUCGAACAGCGGCGCAUCUGCAACUCCAGCUUGCCCGCCACGACUCUUUUUCCCGCUCUGCAAAUCGCGCUUUUUGCUUUCACAGCUUGUGCAAUCGAUUCCACCUCAGUUGACUUUCUCGUUACGAAAUCUUUUCCCAGGAUCAGCGACCACAUCAUCAUGAAGGAUAUUGAGGCAUCGCAGCCGCCAUCCGUGGAUCGACAACUCCACGAACAAGGGAAGAGCUAUCAGACAGUCACGACAAAGUCCACAUAUGGACAUAGCAAGAGUGAUGGCCUACUUCACAAACUUUUACGUCUGGGCCGAGUUGAAGAACAAGGCAUUGAGCCGAUUCCGCUGGGAGAGCGGACAUCAACUCGACACUUCAACGCCUUCACUGUUUGGUGCUCUAUGAAUGCCAACAUUCUUCCGAUUACGUUCGGUAUGCUAGGUCCCUCGCUCUUUGGCCUCAAUCUCCGCGACUCUUCCCUCGUCAUUCUCUUCUUCACGCUACUCUCAACAUUAGCCCCGGCUUUUCUCGCAACGCUGGGUCCCAAAACGGGUAUGCGCUCCAUGAUACAAGCGCGAUACAGCUUUGGGCGCUACCUUGUAUCGGUGCCAGUCGUCCUCAACCUGGCUACCUUGACUGGAUUCUGUGUCAUCAUCUGCGUCGUUGGUGGCCAAUGUCUGUCGGCCGUCACCAACGGUGCUCUCAGUCCCGAUCUAGGCAUCGUACUCAUUGCACUCCUAUCCUUAUUCAUCUCAUUCUGCGGGUUCAAGGUAUUACACUUCUACGAAACAUACGCUUUUAUCCCAGCAGUAAUCGCCAUAGUAAUCGCCACUGGAUGCGGAGGUUCGAGACUGGCUGAACAGGCCGAGAUGGCCCCGGCAACCGCAUCUGCCAUUCUGAGCUUCGGCAUGAUCGUUGCAUCAUACAUGAUCCCUUGGGCCUGUAUUGCUUCGGACUUGACGACCUACUUUGACCCAAAGGUCCGCGGUGCAUCGUACCGCAUCUUUACUUACAGCUUCCUCGGCUUGAUCCUUCCUACUGUCCCUCUGAUGACUCUGGGUAGUGCUAUCGGCGGUGCCAUCACUAACGUGCCUGAGUGGCAAGAAGGGUACGACAAGACUCUAGUCGGUGGCGUGUUAGCUGCCAUGCUGUCGCCUGCUGGUGGCUUUGGAAAGUUCGUCGUCGUCAUUUUGGCCUUCACACUGCUCGGCAACGUUUCUGGCACUCUUUAUGCCAUCACAUUGAACUUCCAGACGCUAGUACCUUGGCUCGUUCUGGUUCCUCGUUACAUCUUUUCGGUCAUCGUCACAGCUAUCAUGAUUCCAGUCGCUAUCAAGGCAGCUGAUGACUUCUUUCUCAACUUGGAGAACUUCGUGGCUUUGAUCGGAUACUGGUCUGCCUCUUUUGUCGGCAUUGUUUUGGUGGAACACUUUCUAUUCCGAAAGGGAGACGCAAAUUUAUACGACCAUCAUGUCUGGAACAUCUCUUCCGGUCUUCCCAGUGGUGCGGCCGCACUUGGGGCCGGCAUCCUAGGCUUCGGUCUCGUCAUCCCUUGUAUGGCUCAAGCCUGGUGGACUGGACCACUUGCGGAAACUACGGGCGAUAUAGGGUUCGAAAUUGCCUUCAUUUUGAGCGCCCUUUUCUACGUUCCUUUGAGGUAUCUGGAGCUGAAGAUUCUUCAUCGAUAGGCUCGUCGCGGCUAUUAUUGCUCCAAAUGCUGUAUUGGUCAAGCAAUCGCUGAUUUUUGGGGGAUCUUGUAUUCGGUUUUCUCGUUGAUCAGCGCCUUGCGACUAAACAACCUGGUUCUUAACCCUUUCAUUAGCGCUCAUCUAAGUGACAACAUUAAGAGGACAAAAUGAGUUGCAACUUCUCACCAAUGGCAGUCUACAUCUCGGAACUGCGUCUAGUUCCGGGGAAAAUUCGAUUCAACCUGUGUAGUCGUAAAGGUCGAAUUAGCCUCUGGUGCUUAAAACCAAUGGGAAUAAUUGAUAACAGGGGUUCGAAAUUUCGCCAAUUCUCAGAUAGGUUCUACCUAGGGACUGGGUAUACAUUCGCAGUAGAGUUUUCAUACAUAUUUGUAAACCUCUCC